CCCAACGUCUCCCGGGCCCCUCCCUUCCUCUGGCCUCCGGUUUUGCAGCAGGAGCUGCAAGGCGUUCUGCUAAUGGAAGGAAAGUCCUGCCGACCACCGCCGCAGGCCUUGCUCCUGCCGCUAGGAAUAGCGUCGUCCGGGGCUAGCCCAGCGUAGAGGCCGACGCAGCCCGGGCCUUGCCGCUUUCAGAAACGCGAAUUUGGCGACUGCCUCUGGGGCGACGGCCUCACCGGCCGCAUUUCCGGGCUCAGUGCCGGGGUUGCCGCACCCGGAACACAGCCGGAUGCAGUAGUAGGUGUAUCAGUUGUCUGAACCGGGGUACUACAGCUCUGCGGCACAGACAGCGCGGCGGCUCGGAGUGCGCCGCUGGGGGCGGGGCUUAGCCCCGCCCCAGCACUGAGCGCCUCCCCGCCGCCUCCUCCGCCGAGUAGGCCAAGGGUUGGGCAAUGCUCAGCGUCCACGCCUCAGUGGGCCUUUUGCAGCAGUUGCGAAAACCCGGAACGAAGGUGUUGUUGCCGUGCGGCGGAGCGGCGCCGCCCCUCGCCGCACCUCCCCGGCAGCCUUCCGAGGCCUUGCUGGGCAUGCUCAGUCGUCAGGGCCGCUUCAGCUCUCGGAGUAGGAAGCUUGGGGCGCUGGGCUGGUGAGGACCCGCGGCGGGCGAAGAUGGAGACCUUUACCAAUGAUCGACUUCAGCUUCCAAGGAAUAUGAUUGAAAACAGCAUGUUUGAAGAAGAACCAGAUGUGGUAGAUUUAGCCAAAGAACCUUGUUUACAUCCUCUGGAACCUGAUGAAGUUGAAUAUGAGCCCCGAGGUUCGAGGCUUCUGGUGAGAGGUCUUGGUGAGCAUGAGAUGGAUGAGGAUGAAGAGGAUUAUGAGUCAUCUGCCAAGCUGCUGGGCAUGUCCUUCAUGAACAGAAGCUCAGGCCUUCGGAACAGUGCAACAGGCUACAGGCAGAGUCCAGAUGGGACUUGUUCAGUACCCUCUGCCAGGACCUUAGUAAUCUGUGUUUUUGUCAUUGUGGUUGCUGUCUCUGUAAUCAUGGUGAUUUAUCUACUGCCUAGAUGUACCUUUACCAAAGAAGGCUGCCACAAAACAAACCAGUCAGCAGAACUCAUUCAGCCGAUUGCUACAAACGGGAAAGUGUUUCCAUGGGCACAAAUUAGGCUUCCCACUGCCAUUAUUCCUCAACGCUAUGAACUUAGCCUACAUCCAAACCUAACCUCAAUGACAUUCAGGGGUUCUGUGACAAUUUCACUUCAGGCUCUUCAAGAUACACGGGACAUCAUUCUCCAUAGCACAGGACAUAAUAUUUCAAAUGUGACAUUUAUGUCGGCGGUUUCCAGUCAAGAAAAACAAGUUGAAAUUCUGGAAUAUCCAUAUCAUGAACAGAUCGCCGUUGUUGCCCCGGAAAGCCUUCUAACAGGACACAAUUAUACCUUGAAGAUAGAAUAUUCAGCAAAUAUAUCUAACUCUUACUAUGGGUUUUAUGGCAUCACCUACACAGAUAAAAGUAAUGAGAAAAAGAACUUUGCAGCAACUCAGUUUGAACCUUUGGCAGCAAGAUCUGCUUUUCCUUGUUUUGAUGAACCAGCAUUUAAGGCCACGUUUAUCAUCAAGAUCACAAGGGAUGAGCACCAUACUGCGUUAUCAAAUAUGCCUAAGAAGUCAUCAGUCCCUACAGAAGAAGGACUUAUUCAAGAUGAGUUUUCUGAAAGUGUGAAAAUGAGCACAUACCUGGUUGCUUUCAUUGUAGGGGAGAUGAGGAACCUGAGUCAGGAUGUAAACGGGACUCUGGUUUCUGUAUAUGCUGUACCAGAAAAAAUUGAUCAAGUUCACCAUGCCUUGGACACAACUGUAAAGCUCCUUGAGUUUUAUCAAAAUUACUUUGAAAUUCAAUACCCACUAAAGAAAUUGGAUCUGGUGGCCAUUCCUGACUUUGAAGCAGGAGCGAUGGAAAAUUGGGGCCUGCUUACGUUCCGAGAAGAGACUCUUCUGUAUGACAAUGCCACUUCUUCAGUAGCAGAUAGAAAACUGGUCACUAAAAUCAUCGCUCACGAGCUGGCACAUCAGUGGUUUGGUAAUCUGGUUACAAUGCAGUGGUGGAAUGACCUGUGGCUAAACGAAGGCUUUGCCACUUUCAUGGAGUAUUUCUCCGUGGAAAAAAUAUUCAAAGAGCUCAACAGUUAUGAAGACUUCUUAGAUGCUCGAUUUAAAACCAUGAGGAAAGAUUCCUUGAAUUCGUCUCAUCCAAUAUCAUCAUCUGUUCAGUCAUCAGAACAAAUAGAAGAAAUGUUUGAUUCUCUUUCGUAUUUUAAGGGAGCCUCUCUCUUGUUGAUGUUGAAAAGUUACCUUAGUGAAGAUGUGUUUCAGCAUGCUAUCAUUCUUUACCUGCACAAUCACAGCUAUGCAGCAAUUCAAAGCGAUGAUCUCUGGGACAGCUUCAAUGAGGUCACAGGCAAAACUCUAGAUGUAAAGAAAAUGAUGAAAACCUGGACCCUACAGAAAGGAUUCCCAUUAGUGACCGUCCAGAGAAAGGGGACUGAGCUUCUUCUACAACAAGAAAGAUUUUUUCCAAGCAUGCAACCAGAAAUUCAGGAUUCAGAUACAAGACACCUUUGGCAUAUUCCAAUAUCCUAUGUCACUGAUGGAAGAAACUAUUCAGAAUAUCGAUCAGUUUCACUACUGGACAAGAAAUCAGAUGUCAUCAAUCUUACAGAACAAGUACAAUGGGUCAAAGUCAAUACAAACAUGACGGGCUAUUACAUUGUUCACUAUGCUCAUGAUGACUGGGCAGCUCUAAUCAACCAGUUAAAAAGAAAUCCUUAUGUUCUGAGUGACAAAGACCGAGCCAACCUGAUCAAUAACAUCUUUGAACUUGCAGGCCUUGGCAAAGUGCCUCUUCAGAUGGCAUUCGAUUUGAUUGACUACCUUAGAAAUGAGACCCACACUGCACCUAUCACUGAAGCCCUGUUCCAGACUGACCUCAUCUAUAAUCUCCUGGAAAAACUGGGACACAUGGACCUGUCCUCAAGAUUAGUGACCAGAGUACAUAAAUUGCUCCAGAACCAAAUCCAGCAGCAGACAUGGACAGAUGAAGGCACACCAUCCAUGCGAGAGCUUCGGUCAGCCUUGCUGGAAUUUGCCUGCGCCCACAGCCUAGAGAACUGUACCACUAUGGCCACAAAGCUGUUUGAUGAUUGGAUGGCAUCAAAUGGAACUCAGAGCCUGCCUACUGACGUCAUGACCACUGUGUUCAAAGUUGGAGCAAGAACCGAGAAAGGCUGGUUGUUCCUCUUUAGCAUGUACUCCUCCAUGGGCUCUGAAGCAGAGAAGAAUAAAGUACUUGAGGCUCUUGCCAGCUCAGCGGAUGCACAUAAACUUUACUGGUUAAUGAAAAGUAGCCUUGAUGGUGAUAUCAUCCGGACACAGAAGUUGUCACUUAUCAUUAGAACAGUGGGCAGACAGUUUCCCGGACAUUUGCUGGCAUGGGAUUUUGUUAAGGAAAACUGGAAUAAGCUUGUACAUAAGUUCCAUCUGGGCUCCUAUACCAUUCAAAGCAUUGUUGCUGGAUCUACUCACUUAUUUUCAACCAAGACACAUUUAUCUGAGGUCCAGGAAUUCUUCGAAAGUCAGUCAGAGGCAACCUUGCAGCUUCGGUGUGUUCAGGAGGCCUUCGAAGUGAUUCAGCUGAAUAUCCAGUGGAUGGCCAGGAAUCUGAAAACUCUGACACUGUGGCUGUAGCCCUCACAGCUGAUCUUCCGGUGCCCAUGGCUCUGCUGCUUUUGCAAAGGUUGAGUGAAGGCCAGCCUGCUACUGAGUUGUUUGCACUGUUAGGAUCUAGUUAGCUCAGGGCCCAAUUGUAUUUUUCAUAUCUUUUCUGAAAUGUCCUUAGGCAGUAGUUAUUUAUUACAAAAUUAUAUUCACCUGUACGUCAACCAUCUACAAUAACAGUGAAGAAUUUUUCUUUGACACACAAAUGGAGAAAAGUCAGAUUUGAAAUUUUGUUCGAUUUCUUAGUGUCCAGAGUGUUACUGUUACAGUGCAACCGAGGAAGGUCUGUAAGAACCACUGCCUUUGGAGGUUGCUGAUUGUCAGCUGUUUGUUGCUUCUCGUUAAACAGUACACCUGCAUUCUGGGAGUUACCCUGAAGAGUGCAGUGACAAAGACAUUGAAGGUGCAGCUCUAGACAGAUGACCUCAGGUGUUCUUUAAACCUGAUUGGGGGUUCUUUAAAAAGGUUUAUGUCAACGUUAUUCCUGCAGAAU